CCAAAAUGCCCGGGCUCGGCUGUCAAGCGCAGAUGGUGAGGAGAACGGCGGGCUGCGUCGCCUGGCUUCCCGGGGCCCUUUGGUGCAGUUUGCUCCUGGCCCCGGCGUGGGGCUACGUGAUCGUGAAUUCGGUGUCCUGGUCGGUCACCAAUGAGGUGGAAGAAGAGAUGGACAGUUCCUCCAACGAGGAGGUCCUCCCGGCGCUUCUGGAAGACACCACGAACAUCUGGAAGCAAAGCUACCCGGCCUCGGUUUACAAAGAAGAGGAGGAACUGAGGUCCAGGCCGGGCCCGGGGAAGUCGAAGCAGCUCUCUUCCCCUUCCCGGAUGUUUUCCUACCGGAGAGAGAGCGCCAAGGAAGCGGACAGCCUAGCGCCUCAAGAGCAAGCGGCCAGGACUGCCCGCUUCCUCGUCCAUUACAACAACUGGGGCUUCUUGGCGACCAGAUCUACCCAAGAAAAGAUGCAAGGAGCCCCAUUUGGGAAUUGUUUAUCUGUCAGUGACGGCCCUACUGACAAUAGCACUGGAAUCCCUUUCUUUUAUGUGACCCCAAAGGACAGCACUGUAGCAGAUCUGAUGAGAAACUCCGUUGCUUCACUGACACUGCUAGAGGCAGAAGGGGAUUUCUGCAGGAAAACUGUUGUUGAUCCUGAUGAUCCACGGUGUGCCAGGCUCAUUUUGACGGGACAGAUGGUUACAGUACCUCUGGAAGAAAUAGAAUUUGCCAAGCAAGCAUUGUUUUCCAGGCACCCUGUCAUGAGAAAAUGGCCUCGCAAUUAUGAAUGGUUCUUUAUGAAAAUGAACAUAGAUCACAUCUGGCUUCAGAACUGGUAUGGAGGAAUUAGUGCCGUUGUACCAGAAGAAUAUUUCAAAGCAGUUCAAAGUAAAGCUUGAUUGAACUUCCAAAUACAAACAUUCAGUGUUUUCACAGUCACUUUGGAAACAAACUAUUUUAUAUAAAACGUCACCAGGUGUUUGUUCAACAAGAUGUUGUUUGGGAUUUGUUUUUGCACAGUAUUCAAAACGGCUCCAUCUUUUUUUGAUUGGAACAGGAUAGUUUUAAUUGAAUAUGAACUCCUUGCCAUUUAAGGCUGGAAAAGGAGUGUACUAAACAUGUCUUUAGGUGUUUUGACUCUUUUGGAUUUUUAUACUCAUGUAUCCCACAUGAUAUCACAAUAUAAGCUAAUUACAAUUUCUAAAAUU